AUGGCACAUUUCGAACAAAUAGUUUUUAAAGUUCAAAUAAAAUUUACAAUUAGAAGUGAAUUCAAAGUGGAGAGUUGGAAAAUGGCAAAGGAAAGUCGGUUGAAAACUUAUUUCAGAGCAACAACACUUCAUGGGUUUGCAUAUCUUGCAAAUAAAAGAAAUUCGUUAGCAGAAAAAAUAUUUUGGAUUUUCGUUCUGAUUGUUUCCAUCGGUUGCAAUAUUAUUUUAGUGAUGAAGCUUUUUGAAAGGAUUGAAUCAAAUCCUACAAUUAUGUAUCGAUCCAAUGUUGCAACUCAAGUGACUGACAUUUCUUUUCCUGCUUUGACUUACUGUUCAUCAACACUUAGAAAUUCGUCUAGAAGGAAUACAGCAUUGUUUAUGACUGCUUGGAAAUUGAUAACUGAUAAUGAUACACCUGAAGAUGUUCAUACUAUUCAGCCUGAAAAUACAAAAAAAAUCUUUAAAUUAAUUGAAGGCAAUGUCUACUCGCACUUAAAGUUCCGUGGAAGUUGGUUGAAUAGUUUUAAACUGUUAAUAAGAACAUCUUUAAUGUCUUGUGGAAUUUGUCAAACAAUCAACUUAGCCGAUAUUAAUGAUGUCAUAAAUUCAAGCAAUCCAUGGAAAACAAAUAAUUAUGAUUCUGGUAUUCAAGGACUCAUCUUUAAAGAAAACAAAACAAGAACUGGAAAUGGAUUCAUCAUUUUCAUUCACAAUCCUUAUGAAUUGCCUUAUGAAGGUCAUCAACAAAUGAUUUUGAAUGAGAAAGAAAAGGUAACUUUUCUCGUGGAACCUCGUUUGAAGAUCUUAGACGAGUCCUUGAUGAAUUUACCAAUUGAGAAGCGCAAUUGCUAUCGGAAUGACGAAAAGAAACUUGUCAUGUUCAAAGUCUAUACAAAGCAUAAUUGUCAGCACGAAUGUCUGUGGUUUUAUAUUCGAGAUCAAUGCAAUUGCAUUCCGUUUUACAUGUUACUAAGUCCUUCGACAACAAUUUGUUCUGUUGAUAAAAAGAAAUGUUACAAAGAAGCACAUAAAACGUUUUGGGAGCUUUCACCAAAAUUCUGCAAUUGUUUGGAUUUAUGUGAGAAUCUCGAAUAUAUCAUCGAGAAACGCAAAUCUUUAUUCAUUAAAGAUUUGAUAGAGAAGCAUAUGGAGAAGCAAAUGGAAGAUACACCAAAAUCUUUUAUAUCCAUUCGGUUCAAGAACGAAGAAUUUUAUCCUUUAGUGACCAGCAGUUUCAUGUCAUCUAUUGAUAUAAUUUCCUACAUUGGUGGUUACUUGGGAUUAUUUCUUGGCUUCUCUUUUCUUUCUUUGAUGGAAAUUAUUUAUUAUGUUUUCAUCAAGACCACUUCUGAUAAAAGUUGUAGAAAAAGUGGAAAACCAAAUGGCAAUGAAGAAGAUUCAAGCAAUUUAUUUUCUGCUUUUAUAAAAGAAUCAUCGAUCCAUGGCUUGGUUUAUAUGAAUGAUCGAAAGUUAAGCUUCACUGAAAGAUUCAUUUGGAUUGCAUGUUUCGUUAUUUCCAUGACUCUAUGCAUGUUUAUGAUAUCAAAGCUUUAUGUUCAGCUUGGCACGCAGGGAGUCAUGACUGUGAUGGAUAACCCAAUGAGCGUCUCAGAAAUUCCGUUUCCUGCUGUCACAUUUUUUACUCAACAUCCUAGAUCCGAUAAAAAAAAACCCGUAGGAAAAAUUUUGAACAUAAUAUUAUCAGAUGAUUUCAACGAUACUCAUGCACGGCAUGCACAUAAGAUUUUUAAGAGGCUUAGAGUCUCUAGCAGAACGGAGUUGAAGAUGAAUCGCCAAAUGAUGAUAAAACAGCCCAAGGUUACUUUCUAUGAAGCACUUUGA